AUGCAAUUAUAUUUAUUAAUUGUUUUUACACUUCUGUGGUGUUCAUCGACUCAAACUCAGUCAAAGUUAACUAUCGAUGAAUUCUUUGAUGCGACUAAUUUUCAAUCAGUACGUAUCUCUCCGAAUGGUCGAUAUUUAUUGAUAUAUAGUCAACGUCCAGCAUGGGAUUCUAACUCUUUCGAGAAUAGUUUAUGGCUUUAUGAAACUUAUGGACGACGAAAACAAUUGAUCACUAAACAAUUGUCUGGAAUUAUGCAACCAAAAUGGUCACCAAGUGGAGAUUGGUUCGUGUACUUAAUCAACGAUAAAGCCGCAACCGAUUCAACAGAUAAUCGUCAUCGUUUUCGACGUUCAGUCAAGAAUCAGACGAAAAACGACCAACAGAUUCAUCUUCAUAGUGUCAUUUCAGAUGAAUUGUUCUCUAUUGAAAUUGGUAAUCAAAUUCCGUCGGCUCUAGCAUGGUCAGAUGUUGAUUCGUCGCUCUAUUUCGCUGCACAAUCAUCUCAAUCGACCGAAGAUGCCAAUCUUUUGUAUGAAACCAAAUGGAAAGAUGUCAUUGAAUAUCGUCGACGUGAACCUAGUGAUGGUAGUACAAUCUAUCGUAUUGAUAUAAGCAGAAAAAAUCGAAGAGUUAUGUGA